GUGCAGGCUUCGAUACACAUCGGUCCCAGCGCGAGUCGAAAACAAUAUCAGAGUUACUACGUGCGUGAUGCUUGUGGUGUGAGCUCUUUAAGUGAUUUUAAUUUAAAAAAAAAAACAUAUCUUCAAUUAUCAGUGAUAACGUUUGACGACAUCGAAAUUAUCUGCCACAAUGCAGUGGACUCUGAUAUUAACGAUCUCAUUAUCCGUUAUAUCUUUGACGACAAGCCAAACAAACAACAUUUUCGACUUCUGGACAGACCUGUUUCGCCCUUUACCUCAUGCUAAGAAGGAAGGGUUCGUCCCAGACUAUACCCCUAAAAACAAUCAAAAGUUUGAUUUCAUUAUUGUUGGAGCCGGUUCCGCUGGAUGUGUUUUAGCAAACAGGUUAUCAGAAAUUUCUGAUUGGAAUGUCCUCCUGUUAGAAGCUGGAGGUAAUGAAAACUUUUUUUCCGAUAUUCCAAUAUUUGCACCCUUUAUUUCAAUUACACCUAUGAACUGGGAUUAUAGUUCAGAACCAGAGAAAAGAGCUUGUAAAGAUUUAAGGGGAAAUGUAUGCUAUAUGCCACGUGGAAAAGUGCUUGGGGGGAGUAGUGUUCUUAAUUUUCUUAUAUAUCAACGUGGUCAUCCUGAAGAUUAUGAUGAUUGGGAGGAUAUGGGUAACGAAGGCUGGAGCUACAAGGAUGUUUUGCCUUAUUUCAAAAAAUCUGAAAACAUCAGAAUUCCGGAACUGUACAAUUCAAGCUUUCAUGGCAUAGGUGGUUAUUUGGACAUAGAUUACGCGUCCUAUUCAUCACCAUUGGAAACUGCAUUUAAAGACGCAGGACAAGAGCUUGGUUACACGUGGAAUGAUCCAAACGGUGAAAAUUUAAUUGGCUUCUCAAAGCCACAGGCAACAAUCAGAAAUGGACGACGGUGUAGUUCUUCUAAAGCAUUUCUGGAACCAAUUAGAUACCGAAAAAAUUUGAAAGUGUCAAAGUAUUCCACUGCUAAAAAAUUGUUGAUAGAUCCACUAUCGAAAAUUGCAUAUGGAGUUGAAUUCACUAAAAAAAGCAAAAGACUACGGGUGUAUGCCCGGAACGAAAUCAUAUUAGCCGCAGGAACAGUUGGUUCUGCCCAGUUGUUAAUGUUAUCCGGCAUUGGACCAGCAGAUCACCUGAAUGAGAUAGGAAUUGAACAUAUAAUAAAUCUUCCUGUAGGAUACAACCUGCAAGAUCAUGUUACGUUUUCCGGGAAUGCAUUCAUUGUAAAUGAAACUGGACUCUGCGUCAGUGACAUGAUAGCAGCUUCACCAAUGUCUGCAGCUGCAUACCUAGCAGGACACGGGCCUUUAACAAUACCCGGCGGAGCUGCAGGAUUGGCAUUUUCCCACACCAAAUACUCUAAUGAUCUAAGCGAUUCACGACCUGAUAUAGAAAUAGUGAUGGGAGCCGGUUCUUUAGCUGGUGACUUCCUGGGAAUAAUUAGAUCUCUUCUCGGUGUGACGGACGAAUUUUAUCUGAAGGUAUAUGGAUCUUUACCAAUACAAAAGCGACAACAAUCGUUUGCACUAAACCCAGUCCUCAUACGUCCUCGGAGCAUCGGUCGCUUGACCCUCAGAAGCUCAAACUUUGAUGAGCACCCAAAAAUUCAACCGAAUUAUUUUGAUAAUUCUAAUGAUAUGAAAAUAAUAAUAGAAGGAGUACGAUUGGCACAAAAAAUUAUCAACACGAAGUCAUUUCAAAAAUACGACACGAAACUACAUGAUGUGCCAUUCCCUGGCUGCGAGGACCUGGUGUUUGACUCUGAUGAAUACUGGGAAUGUGCAAUUACGCAGACAUCGAUUACUCUUGAUCAUCAAGUAGGCACUUGCAAAAUGGGCCCUGCAGAUGACCCAACCGCUGUUGUUUCUCCACGGUUACAAGUCCAUGGUGCUAAAGGUUUAAGAAUAGCAGAUGCAUCUAUUAUGCCAAGGAUUCCUGCUUCUCACACUCAUGCACCUGUUGUAAUGAUUGCAGAAAAAGCAGCAGAUAUGAUCAAGGAAGAUUGGGAUAAACCUAUUUUUAAGAUUUCCUAAGAUAUAUUAUACUUACCACUAAAAUUAAUGUGAAAUUCGAAUUAAGUGUGCAGUUCCAACUUAGCCAAUUCUUUAAGUAUUGUUAAAUGUGGCAAUAUUUAAGUACCUCCCUAUAGCAUAAAAAUAGCAAAUAUAAGCGUAAUGUAAGGAAAGGAUAGAUAACCUUUUUAUGGGAAUAAUAGAAAAAUCGAUCAAAUGACUAAAUUAACCGAAAUCUUAAAAAAAAGCUUAAAACAUCCUUACGUGGGCGUUAAUUGCCUACGAAUUCUGAACGCCUGCGGUCCGGCGUGGGACAAGUUGGUGUCAGUCGCUACGCUAGCGCUCGGUUAAGAAUUAUUUAGACUUGAAAGAGCGAAAUCUCAAGUCAAUUUCCUAAUUUGCAAAUAUUGGGGUUGAGUAGGUUAUCAACUGUAAAGUAGAUGCUGUAGAUGGAGCCACAACCUGGGAGUUGAACAAGAUAUACCAAGAAUAAUUAACCAUGCCAGACUCGAACGGUUGACUCAGUUGGUAGGAGCGCUCGGACGGAACCCGAGAGGUCGCGGGUUCGAGGCCCACGUCGUUCAUAAAUCUUUAAUACAUAUUAAUUUUCAUUAUAUUUCUUGCUAGAAACUGUCCCCAAUAGCCUCAUGCCGCGAACCUUUCAUCGCAUCCAUAAAAAAUCUAAAUGAAAAGGUAAUAGAAGUGUUAUUAGUGAUAGUUCCUCGCAGGACGCCUGUCGGCAUUAUAAUAUACUAUGUUUGCUUGCAACGUUUCGCGGCUUGUGCAGAAAUGGUGAGGAAAAUAAGGGCAAAACGAAUAGAUAAAUUAAGAAUCUCAUAUAAAAAAUGAUAGUAUUUUCAUUGGUAUAGUCGUAAAUAGUGGAAUUUACUGCGAUCAAAAAUAAUGAAAUAUAGCAAAUGAUACUAAAUCACUACUUACUAGCUAGAGAUCUGUGAAGCGACAUGUUUAUCGUGGCUAUGUCAAUUUUAGUACCAUCUUACGCCCUUAUUCAUAAUAGUCUGCUUAAUUUAAAGCAUUGCUGAUUCUCACUCUGUCUUCUUCUAUUGACCUAAGUCAGAAUGAGAAAAACACUCCUUAGCGGCUGUUUAAAGUUAGCGGACCAUUAUGAAUAAGAGGGAUAAUCUUCAAAAUUCUAUUCAUAUAGAGCUUAUAGUGGAAGUCUACUGUCAGUGUAAUUGUCCGUAGACAUGAGUAUGUAGGUAUUGCUAAAAUACGUGCUUAAACAAAUAUACCUAAUUAUUCACACGAUGUUUGGAUAUCAUAUGGAUUCAAAUGGUUAUUGUUAUUGGAAAUUAACAAUCCCAGUCAAAUAAGAGUCCCGUUAAUCCUACAAGGCUAUAUAAAUUUUAUUGUAAGAUAUAAAACAUAUUUUUGUUUUUGCAUCUAGUCAUGAUUUUAAAUAAAGAAAAUAAAUAA